CCUUCAGCCGUCCUCCCCUCCUCACUUGGCCACUCACUUGCUAGGCCAGGGUCCCUCUCACAGCUGCCACCCUCCAGGCCUAACCUCAAGCCUCACGUUCCCGUACGGCUUCCCGGCCCCGCAGCUCAGGUCCUCCUCUCCCCUUCCGCUUUGCUGAGACCGGCAGUCCUCAGAUGAGGCUGAGGUCGGUGCUUGUCAUCCACCGAUGUCCUCCCGCUCCCUGGAUCAAGACCCACGUGCCGGCCAGCCACUGUGCCGCUCCCCAACCUUCCUCGCUCCUCUUGCUUCAGCACAUUCACUCGCCAAAGCCUAACCUGUGUCAAACCGCAGCUGUCUUUGUGGCUUGACAAUCCCCUGCCUGUUCCUUUGCACAGCUAGUGGGUCUGGGUGGUGCUGGCGGCUUCCCUGGGGCACCUUCUGUCACCUGAGGGCCCACUGGGAUCCGGGGGUGAGAGGGGCACCAUGUAUGGACACUGGGGCUGUGGUCCCUGGACUUCUGGUUCCCUGCCCUGUGGCCCCGCCCUGCCCACGCUGGACCGGCUUCCUCAUGUGCUUGGGCCAGCAUUUCAGAAGAGUGCAUAGACCCUCAAGGUCUCCUGAGUCCUGGGCUCCAGACCCGACACGGCGGAACUCCCACUACCUUCCGUUAGCGGAAACGCGGCCAGAUUCAGGAAUAAGACGCCAGGUCAUGCUCCUCUGUCGGUCCCACGAGCCCUCUGCCAUCCCAGAGCUGCUCCGAGCCCCUGAUCGCCCUGGCUUUACACUCUGGGCUGCGGGGCCACCCAGGAUCUCACAUUUGCUGGCCACGCCCCAGUGUGCUCCUGAACAAUUUGAGCAACUUCCGGUCCCUCUCCUCGGCCCACGGUGCCUCCUCCCUGUCCCCUUCUCAUCUGAUGUGGCGCUGAGACCUGCCAGUCACCAUGGCCCCUGGGUGAGGCCCCGGUGCUCCCUGCGCGAGGCGGGCACCUGGCCCCUCCCCUGUCUCUGCACCCUCACUGCCUCUCCCCGUGAGUCCGUCUCCACUGUGCUGCUCAUGUUAGGAAAGCGCGACACAGUGUCAACUUCUCAGGUCCCCACUCGGCUCUGCACCUACCGAAGCCUCUCUCUGGCGAAGGUCCUGCAACAGCGACCCUCCCAGCUCUCAGACCAGCUGAACGUUCAGCCAGCAUCCUUGGCACUUGGUGUCCACACCCGACCCUGGCCCAUCAGGCCUGCAGCGCUCGAACUCCUGGUGUGUCCGAACAGCCCCUUCGGACUCCUCGCGUCCCUGCCGCUGUCACCGCGCGACCACCAGCUUCCCUCGCCCGGUUCUCAGAGAAGCUCCCAGCUGGGCUCCAGCUCCCUUCCUGACCUGAAGUCUUUACUCCACGCGGGGAUCCUGAUGACCCUGUCAGGAAUGUGA